UGAAUGGCACCCCAACAUACUAAAGCAAUGUUCCUGUGUUGCAGCACAUUCGCAAUACACAACAAUGCACUACUGUUCAUUGCAGUGUGUACCUGUAAAAGUGUCAGGGGCGGACUGACAACUCAUGCGGCCCCUGGGCAAUAGGGGAUCAUUGGGCCCCUGCGUCCUUGCCCAAACUCAAAAAAGCCUAUGAAAAGGUACCAGGGGCAUCUCAUGGGGCCCCCUACUGACCCAGGGCCCUCGGGCAGUGCCCAAGUUUCCAAAUGGUCAGUCCACCCCUGGGCCUAAAUCUU